AUGCCCUCCCGUACCUCGCUCGACUCGCGCUUCUCUCGCAUCACAUCUACCUCGGCAGUGCAGACAGGUCUCGACAAGCAGCCCGCGGCGAUGGAGGAGGAACAAUUCGAAGACGUAGGACUAGACGACGACGAGGCCAAGCCCAAGAAGAAGGGCAUAUUCUCGCGUCUCGGCGACUUUACGAGCGAUUCCCCGUCGUCGGGCAGCUCGCGAUUCCACAUACCGGGCAGGAAACGAGGACAGAGCAACGUAGGCUCAGAACUAGGCCCCAUGAAUUCCGCACCAGCAACCGACGAGGGCUGUGUGUAUAACAUGUAA